GUGCGGCGCUGCUGAAGUCCAAACUUUGCACGGCUCUUCACUCGGCUCUUUACUCGGCUCUUUACACACUGACUCCAAUGACUACACCAGUGUCCGAGCUGUUCGUCCCUGUCCCGUGGGGGGAGAUCAGAGGCCGGGUGUGGGGUCCCAGACAGGGCUAUCCCGUCCUGUGUCUGCACGGCUGGGCUGAUAACUGUGGCUCCUUCAACACCCUCAUCCCACUUCUGCCCAAAGAGUACAGAUAUGUGACUAUUGACCUGGCUGGACACGGUCUAUCCUCCCACUAUCCUCCAGGAGCUUUAUACACGUGUCUUUCAUACGUGGCAGAUGUGCGCAGAGUUUUAGAUUCUCUACGGGUGACAAAAUUAUCUCUCAUCGGGCACAGUAUGGGGGCUCACGUCGCAGGAUUGUUCAGUGCCCUGUUUCCAGAGAUGGUGGAUGCGCUCGUACUCCUGGAUGCUGAACAAUUUGUAGUUACAGAUGCGAAAGAAACCACCUCUAAAAUGAGACAAGGGCUUGACGAGAUUAUUCAGUUUGAAGCUUCUUCUAAGAAGAAGAAGGUUUACACGUAUGCGGAGGCUCUGGAGAGGUUGUUGGCUGCGAUUCCCAUUACGAAACAUUCUGCACAGAUCCUGCUGGAGAGAGGGUUGGUCUCUGUUGAAGGAGGAUUCGCUUUUUCUAGAGACCUUCGAGUCAAUUUCAGAGAUGUAGUUCGCAUGAGUUUGGAGCAGAACCUGGAGCUGUAUUCAAGAACACAAGCCGGUGUCCUCGUUAUUCUAGCUGCACAAGGAUAUUUUGAGAACACGCUUAGCUCAGUUGUUCAGCACUUCGAGGAGAGACAGUGCGAGUGUGUGACAGUGGAAGGAGAUCACCACGUCCACCUAAACAACCCGGAACACGUAGCUCCGCAUAUCUCCAAGUUUCUGCAGACGAAACUCUCAUCUUCUUCAAGCAGAUUAUAAUAAAGGAGCAGGAGCUGGAGGAUGAAGAAGAAGAAGACGCCGCAUGCAGCCCUUGUCUCUCUCGUGCGUCCCGGAGAGCACCUGCGGUUCCUUUCUGGCGUCUCCAGCGCAACGGCGAGAGAGAAAGGAGGAGGUAGCACCGGGUCUGCGUUUAAUCGGAUGACUGCUUUGACUUUCAGCUCCACCGACGCCAAGGACUCUUUCUGAUUUGGCAUCGCAGACAGCAUGUCGUGGUUGUUUCUGGACUGGUUCGUACCCCUCUACCUGCUCGUGUCGGUCCUGGUUCUGGCAGGAUUCGGAGCGUGCCUGUACUUCCUUGAACCGGGGCUGCAAGACGCCCACAAGUGGAACAACAAAACGGUUCGCCAUCACCCGCUAGUGGCCAGUGUGAACUGCAGAGAAGAUGAUAGUAACGCUCUGAUAUGAUCCGUGCGAAGGGGGCAAGCCGGAGUGGGCAAAUGAGGCCAUCUGGUCAAGGGGUUGUGCCAGGACAGAAAAUAAAAAAAAAAAAAGAAAAAGUUUACAAAGGAGGAAGAACACUGAGGAUCAUUCCAACUCGUCUCUGAUCUUUAAAACAGCUGAUUUUUCUGCUUUAAAGAUGAGUAAAAGCUUAUGUAAAGAGAUUUUUCAGUAAAGCCAUUUGCAGAACAAAGGCAACUGUAAAAGAUUAUGUCAAGUUUAUGUCUCUGUUUAUGUGUUACCCUUUAGGAACAUGUAACGUUGUAAAUCUCAUCUUAUACCUGUGCCAACUUUUGCAAACGGUUUGUAAUUUGCACUAUAAUCACUUUACAUGUGCGUUUUUGCUUCUCAUUGUGUGGAGUCGUCUGGGUUUGUCGUGAAGCAGCUGCUGUGAAAGAGCAUGUGGGUCGUUUAUACCAGUGGGCCAAACUGUAGUAAAUAGUGACUUUGUUAACGAGCCGUUGGUGCAAAAUACUCAAAGUGCCAAAUUUCAACGAAAAAGGACCAAGAUCCGAUUUGAUAAUUUGCCAAAUAUGUGUGUACUUAAUUUGUUUAAUCACUUUGCGGUGGCAUUGUGAGGAAAUGUGUAACCUGUCAUACCUUUUAUGAGAAAAAAAUGCUUCCUUCUUCAUACAAAAUAAAACAGAACAAUCCUGAACUUUU